GCAGGACACACCUCCCAGCCCUGCGGCCUCACCCACAGGAAGUGCUGGGGUUGGGGGGCAGGCGAUGGGGGAGGUGCCGCACUGCAUGUCCCGCUCUAUGCCUGUGGCCCCACCGACCCGGCUGCGCCGUGGCCCUUUUGCCAACAGCCCCGGGGACAUCACUGGGACCCGGGGCCUUGUGGCUACAACCAUGUUUCGCAGGAAGCGCAGCGUCUCCUUUGGGGGCUUCGGAUGGAUCGACAAGACCAUGCUGGCGAGCCUAAAGGUCAAGAAGCAGGAGCUGGCCAACAGCUCCGAUGUGACCUUCCCCGACCGGCCGCUGUCCCCUCCUCUCACUGCACCACCCACCAUGAAGUCGGCGGAGUUCUUCGAGAUGCUGGAGAAAAUGCAGGGGAUCAAGCUUGAAGAGCAGAAGCCGGGCCCCCAGAAGAACAAGGAUGACUAUAUCCCGUAUCCCAGCAUUGAUGAGGUUGUGGAGAAGGGAGGCCCGUAUCCCCUGAUUGUCCUGCCCCAGUUUGGGGGCUAUUGGAUUGAGGACCCGGAGAACGUGGGGACGCCGACCUCCCUUGGCAGCAGCAUCUGUGAGGAGGAGGAAGAGGACAGCCUCAGCCCCAGCACGUUUGGCUAUAAGCUUGAAUGCAAAGGCGAAGCCAGGGCCUACCGCAGGCACUUCCUGGGGAAGGAUCACCUAAACUUUUACUGUACUGGCAGCAGUUUGGGGAACUUGCUCCUGUCCAUCAAGUGUGAGGAGGUGGAGGGCAAUGAGUACCUUCGGAUCAUUCUCAGGUCCAAAGUGAAGACAGUGCAUGAGCGGAUCCCCUUGGCUGGACUCAGCAAGUUGCCCAGCGUCCCUCAGAUUGCAAAGGCUUUCUGUGAUGAUGCUGUGGGGCUGAAAUUCAACCCUGUCCUGUACCCCAAGGCCUCCCAGAUGAUUGUGUCCUAUGAUGAGCACGAUGUCAACAACACAUUCAAGUUUGGGGUCAUUUAUCAAAAAGCCAGGCAGACCCUGGAGGAGGAACUGUUUGGGAACAAUGAGGAGAGCCCAGCUUUCAAGGAAUUCUUGGACCUUUUGGGUGACACGAUCACACUGCAGGAUUUCAAAGGUUUCCGAGGAGGCCUGGAUGUGACCCAUGGACAGACGGGGGUGGAAUCCGUGUACACGAUAUUCCGGGACAGGGAGAUCAUGUUUCACGUCUCCACAAAGCUGCCGUUUACCGAAGGAGACGCCCAGCAGCUCCAGAGAAAGAGACAUAUUGGGAAUGACAUUGUGGCCAUCAUCUUCCAAGAAGAAAACACACCGUUUGUCCCAGAUAUGAUUGCCUCCAACUUCUUACACGCCUACGUCGUUGUACAGGCCGAGAACCCAGGCACGGAGACCCCAUCCUACAAGGUCUCAGUCACUGCACGGGAAGAUGUGCCCGCCUUUGGCCCACCUCUGCCUAGCCCUCCUGUUUUCCAGAAGGGCCCGGAGUUCAGGGAGUUUCUGCUCACCAAGCUCACCAACGCAGAGAAUGCUUGCUGCAAGUCAGACAAGUUUGCGAAGCUGGAGGUGAGAGCGCUGUUUCUGGAAGUCUUCCUCCUGCCUUCCUGGCUGCUUGUUAGCCAGCCUCUCCUGGGGGUCUGUUCUUGGGGGCUGCUCAAGGACCGGACCAGGGCCGCCCUGCUGGACAACCUCCACGAUGAGCUUCACACCCACACGCAGGCUAUGCUGGGACUGGGCCCGGAAGAGGACAAGUUUGAGAAUGGGGGCCAUGGGGGAUUCCUGGAGUCUUUCAAGGGUGCUGCUGUGGUGUCAGAAUUAUUGGCAUUCCUCAUGGAGUUCCUCACCCGCACCUCCGUGGGAUCCCUCUUGAAAGAAAGGGCCAUCCGUGUGCGUAGCCACUCCAUGGAGACCAUGGUGAGCAGCCAGAAGAAGCAGCACAGCGGAGGCAUCCCUGGCAGCCUCAGCGGGGGCAUCUCGCACAACAGUGUGGAGGUCACCAAGACUACCUUCUCGCCCCCGGCGGCGGCGGCAGCGGCGGCUGCAAAGAACCAGUCGCGGAGCCCCAUCAAGCGGCGGUCGGGGCUCUUCCCCCGUCUGCACACAGGCUCUGAAGGCCAAGGCGACGGCCGGACACGAUGUGACAGUGCAUCCAGCAACCCCAAGACCCCGGAUGGUGCACACUCAUCUCAAGAAAUAAAGUCUGAGGCCUCAUCCAAUCCCAGCUCUCCAGAAAUUUGCCCCAACAAGGAGAAGCCCUUCAUAAAGGUGAAGGAGAAUGGCCGAGCCAACAUCUCCCGCUCCUCCUCCAGCACCAGCAGCUUCAGCAGCACGGCGGGGGAGGGCGAGGCCAUGGAGGAGUGUGACAGCGGGAGCAGCCAGCCGUCCACGACCUCACCCUUCAAGCAGGAGGUGUUUGUCUACAGCCCGUCCCCGAGCAGCGAAAGCCCCAGCCUGGGGGCAGCUGCCACCCCCAUCAUCAUGAGCCGGAGUCCUACAGAUGCCAAAAGCAGAAACUCUCCGAGGUCAAACCUGAAAUUCCGCUUUGAUAAGCUCAGCCAUGCCAGCUCUAGUGCGGGUCACUAAUGUGAAAGAGGAGUCCUUCGCUUGUCAAAGGGAAGCCCCGAUUCUGUCUCGGAGAAGGCUCCUAUUCCAGCAGUUUGGGGGUGCCAUCCACUACUCUGACCGUCACAGUCCUGCUGCCCCACCGGCCACCUGCCCACCAGAACAGCUGUCUGUCUCCGUGUCCCGAGCUGGCCACCAUCCUGCCUGUCCCGUUGCCAAGACACCCUGCAAGCACUCUCCUUCUCUGGACAAGGCCUCAUUCCUCUAGGCUCCCGCUGCUCCUGACCGCCUGUGUGAUGUGUUUCUGGCCCAUUUGUCAUCUUGUUUUGUGCACAGAGGAAAGAGUUGGGCAAGGGGGAUCUGGGCCCUGGGGCCUUGGCCAGAGACUGGAGAGGCAGAGAGCGGUGAGGUGGGGUGUGGAGGCCGCCAGCACGAUGCUGCAUGGGGCGGGGCAGCACUGUGGCUGGACGUGGCAGGCACAGUGAAGCCAUUUAGUGGUGGCGGAGGGACCAGUGUAGCAGGAACCAAGAUUUGUAGCCGUCCUCCAAGAUGUCGUGCUCGAGUCAGCAGUGUUGUUCCCACAACUGUGCGCUUCUAUGCUAGCAGCUGCUUCCUCGCCCAUCUGCUGACCUCGGGCUCAGCGUUGCCUCCAUCCCUGCGGCCAGCAUGUGCUGCGCAUGUGUGGACGUGGCUCUGCGUCGUCGUGGCUGUGGGAGAAGCCCUGGGCCAGUCUGUCCCCUCGGGGCAGCUGUUUUCCCCCAGGCGGCGUGGGCAGCCCGGAGCAGGAAGGAAUUCUGGAAGGGCAAGCUGGCGAGCUAUGCUCUGGGGCCUUGGCUGAGGAGAACCGUGGGGUGUGGGUGGGGCUGGGAUCAGGGCUCCGCUGGUUGUGGAGGCUCGUGGAAGAGUUGCUCCAGCCCUCCACUCAGGUCAGAGCCGGGGAGGCGAGGUGGGGGGUGACCUGUCCGCCUCGGUUGAUGUGUGGGCGUAGAAGGUAGGCAUGAGGAAGGAGCGACGUCCUUCUGUGAUUUCUGCUCCUGGCAUCUGUGGGGGGCCCAGGGCUACCUUGGGGGCUCUUUCCAGCUGCUGUGCCCUUUGGCCUUGUUGGUGCGUGGUCCCCCAGUUCCCCUCCACCGCCGGUCUGUAGGCAGCGGUCACGCUGGCAGGGUUUUUACGACCUGGGCCCCAGCUGGAUGCAGCUCAGAGGCUGCCCGCCGCCCACCCGCCCGCCUGGCCAGAGUCAGCUCGCUCUCAGGAGUGGCCCCCCUUCCCCUGUGUCUCUCCCAGCCCCGUCGGCUGCGUGAGAAGUCACUUCUGCAGCCUGGCCCUGGUGGAGGUUAAGGCGGGGUGUCCUCUGAGUAACACACAGAGUCUGCAGAGCCCUGGGGAUGCUGCCGCUUUGGGGGCAUGGAGGGCCCCUGUGACACAGGAUAGCCCCGGCGCCUCCCGCUGGGCUCCUGCUUCAGUGAGCAGAUGACAAGGAUUUCUACCAAAUGUUUUAUUUGCGUCGGGAUCUGGGCCUAUUCCGAAGUCAAAGCAAUCCCAAGUCUAUGUUAUUCUUGUUUUUGACUGAUGUGACAGUUUCCCCAUUGCUUUUGCCAUUAGGGCAAAACCUUGAUCCUUUGUCUCUCACUCCUGUGGACAUUGUGGGAUCCUAUUUGCAGGCUGGGUGGACCUCUCCCCUCACGCUAUUUGGGAAAUGUGUUUACUUAAAAGACUAGUCCGGUAAAAUUUCUUCCAGUGAGAAGGUCAACAAACGUCUGUUUAGGUUUUAUUAAAAAUCACUGUAGCAGCACCCACUGCAUUCCGGUGGCGUUCUGUUGGCUGGCUUUCUGGAGGAACUUGAAAGGUCAAACUGCAUUUAAAACAACAACAACAACAAUAACAACCCACAACAAUUCCAGGUUCUGGCUUGCUUCUCGGGUAGCUGGUGUUUACAGCAGCUCGUUGGCUGUACUGUGCUGUGUUGGGGUCUGGGGGUCCAGGUUGUCCCCACCCUGUCCUUCUUGGGAACAUCACACCUGCCUCCGUCCGCUGCUCCGGCUGCUCUUUCUGCACCCCCACCUCCUGGGAGGGCUCUGAGGCAGUGGCCAGGAUGGCUGGGUGUGUCCAGGGAAACUGGGAGGCACAGGCAUUUCCCUACAAAACAGACCUGAGAAGUGGUCUCUACCUUCUGUUUGCUACUGGGGGUACACUGUCUGAAAUGUCCCUUUCUCUGGGUCCUGUCUUACCUUCUCUAGAAAGCCCAGCCCAUCUAUGGCUUCUAGACUAGACAUGACCAGCCCCCGAGGUCCUAGAGCUGACGGGGAGGAGGAGGACAGGGAGUGGGCAGUCUCAUCUCACCCCUCUGGACCAUGGGGCAGGCAGCUUGGGUUCUUGAAGGCUGUUUCCUCCAUAUUUUCUUGCAUCCACUCUGGGCCAAAGUUUCCUUUUAUUGCUGCACCCAGUUUUGGGGCUCAAAGAUUUGCUCAAGUUUCCUUGGUCCCUGUGACCAGACUCCGCCUGAUGGUGCUCGUGCUGGUAUUUGAGGCACUCUGCUUGUGAUCUGGACACAGGAGAAGUGUUUCCUGGACACGUCUCUGCCUCUGGGAAGAAACUAUAGUGGUCAGGCUCUGCAGGGCACUCGUAUGCCUCUGCUCCGUUGAUGCUUAACAACAGAUGCAGAACGAGCUUGAGAUAGAAGGUCUGAGCUAGAGUUUCUAAUGAAUGGAAAAUGAUGAAUGAAUGAAAAUGAGUGAAAAAUAUUCUGUGGUUCAGCCUUGUUGGCAUCAUCUCAAGGUCCAGGCCUUCCGGGCCCCUUUUGACAUCUAAUCCAUCCAUAUCCUCAUCCAGCUGAGAAACCUCAGCCCCAGUGAGGGAAAAUGACUUGCUGGAGGUCGCACAGCCAACGAGUGGCAAAGCUGGGAUUGGAACCCACAGCCUGGGGCCCGUUCUUCGGCACUACCUACGCGGUCGGUUGAACAGGUGGCUGCGUGUGCUGGGGCCCUGAGUUUAGGACGAGCCAGUUAGCUAGUGCCUGGGCACUGGUUGGGAGCUGUCCGCGGUCAAGGUGGGACCUCAGUCUCUUCUUUCCAUCAGGAGGGAGAUGUGCUCAGUUUUCCAGUGAGGGCCCUGGGGUUUUGGAUGUGGCUUGAGUGAAGAAAAUGAGAGAGGAGAGAGAUUUUAGUGGACCAUUCCUGGUAACCUCAGUUCCUCAGCUCUGGUCUGUAAUGGGGGUGGAGGCCAGGGCAGAGUGCAGUUAGUAGCCCUCAGUUUCCCCUUCUCAAGUUCAGAAGAAAAGUGGUAAAAGAAAACUCUAUUCUGUUCUCCCUGAUCCUUAAACCGAAGUGUUUAAUAAAAGCAUAGGCUCCUGUGCCCAGGUAGGGUGGGAGCCAGAGUCACUUUCUCACCCCGACUGGUUAAGGUGCCAAUGCAAACACUACCUUGCUCAUUUGAUUCUGAGUCAACAGAGACAGGUUGUUGUGGGGGGACAGCCAGGGGUCAAGUAGGUGGCUGGCAAGGACCCACGGCUUCUCCCCAGGCAUCUCCCUUUCUCCAAGGUGACAGUGGGUUAGUGGAGUUGGCCGAGGCCACCAAAGAGCAUUCUAUAAGCUCUAAUGUCUGUUUUACUACAAGCCCCUUGCCCCCCGCCCCCAACCCCACAUCUCCCUCCUUUCAGCCGGGCCAUCUGCCCCUUUGGGAGGAAGGAGACCACCUGCACUACGGCCAAGGACAGCAGAGCCCUGCCUAGUGAGAGGCUACUGGGGCGAUGGCUCUGUCCUGUGCCUUACCAGCCCUGGGGAGAGGGUGUUUGGCUGGAAGACUGGAAUUUAGAUGCCAUCAUCUUUGGUUUUGUAACAUUUCCACUUGGAACGGUCAGUUCCUCCUUCCCGCUCCUUUGCACGUAUGCCAGCUCUCCCCCGCCUUGGGCGUUACCCUUCCACACUCCGGCCCGGGGAGUGCUGAUGUUCUAGUGUGAAGAGAUUGCUUUGUGUGAUAGAACCUAAGAAGUGUAGCUUGGAAAUGAUGACCCAUGUGAUGAUGACUUUCCUUUCUUUCCUCUUCUUGAGGAGUUGAUUCGUAGACCCCGACUGCCUAUGUAAUGUAAAUAAUGUACAUUUAAUUUAUUGCUACGGUAGCACAUUGUAUUUGUUAAUGUAUAAAAUUCUAAAAGGUUGACAAAUGUAUAUUUUGUUGCUUAAAUGUGUCUUUGCAGAAAUUGACAAUAAAUAACAUAUUUUGUGUCCA